AUUCUUACUUCCUUCAGGCCGCAGAAGUCUACCCAGCGCUCCAGAAACACAUCCCGGCUUCGGUGUCCCUCGGGUCUGGGCAGUGACCACGUCGGGAGACCUCCCCUGUGGCCGCCCCGGGUCCGCCUCCCUGGGCCAGAGUCUCCUCGGAGGCAGGGAGGCACAGUUACGGCGCACACAAUGCCAGGUCCGUGCAUGCACGGGACGCUCGCUCCCUACAAUGGAAGACUCGGCUCACGAAGAUGAGAGUAGCUUUCUCGGUACCUGCCGGGAAGAACACUACCCCACAACUCAGGCCGUCCCAUCACGUCGGCACGCCCCCCGUAGAGCCCCGCCCGGAGCUUCCGGUUCCGGCGCAGGACGGAAGUGGGCGUGCGGCGGCGUCUGCGCGCGGGGGAGGUGCCGGGCGGCCGCUUCCCGCCCCCGAGCCCGAGCCGGAGCCGGUGCUGAGCGGAGCGGAGCGGAGCGGAGCCGCGGUCGGGCCCGGAGCAGAGCCGGCUGAGGCAGGCUCCGAGCUCCCGACAUGGCCCGGAACACGCUGUCUUCGCGCUUCCGUCGGGUGGACAUCGACGAGUUUGACGAGAACAAAUUCGUGGACGAGCAUGAGGAGGCGGCGGCAGCAGCAGGAGAGCCAGGCCCGGACCCUAGCGAGGUGGACGGGCUGCUGCGGCAAGGGGACAUGCUUCGGGCAUUCCAUGCAGCUUUGCGGAACUCUCCAGUCAACACCAAGAAUCAAGCUGUGAAGGAGCGAGCCCAGGGUGUGGUGCUGAAAGUGCUCACAAACUUUAAAAGCAGCGAAAUUGAGCAGGCUGUGCAGUCACUGGACAGAAAUGGCAUUGACUUGUUAAUGAAGUACAUUUAUAAAGGGUUUGAGAAGCCCACAGAAAAUAGCAGCGCAGUGUUACUCCAGUGGCACGAAAAGGCCUUAGCUGUAGGAGGACUAGGCUCCAUUAUAAGAGUUCUUACAGCAAGAAAGACUGUUUAAAAAAAAAAAAGACUCAUGUAACCUUGAGAAGAAUUUUGGAUGCCCAGGCUGGUGAAGAAGGGAUUGACAAUGGACCAUCUUCCUAGGAACUCCCAACUAAGUAUUUCAGGACACAUAUCUGCUGAAAUCGGCUGAAAUGUAUUUUAUUUUUGAGGUGGAGGGAGAAAUCAUCUUACUGUUUCCUAAAUCCUUUGCAGGAUCCGAGAGUCUGCCUUUGUCUACAAAGUGAUGCAGAACUGACAUCGCUAUAGAGUGAUGCAGAACUGUCUACAGAGUGGCUGGCCAGUGUUGGUCAUUGUGUGUGCACUGCCUGUUUGUUUAAAAUGGGGGAGGGAUGAUUUGGGUAGGUGCAUAUCCAAGGGCCACGGUGAAAGGGAGAGCUUGUGUUUUUGAAGUGGAAAAACCUGAGAGUUUGUACAGACAUCCUGUCUUCCCAGAGAAGGCGGACUCUCUUGGGUUCAUUGUAAAGUGCCUGCUGCAUCAAUAAAGCUCUUGGCUUAUUAGUAUAUCAUUGCGGUGUGUUUCAUGUAUGUAAAAAGUUUAAUGAAUGGGUUGAUCAUGAUUGAGAGUUUGACUGUUCUAGAAACUCCAUGUGGAACGGGUGGGUGUGCUUUUCUGUCCAGCCAUCCCUGGGGAGAGAGCAUGGAAGUCUGGAGGCCUCUUGUAACACAGAACUUCAGCAAGCCUUGGCUGCAGAGUCACUGGAUGCUUCAGAGAGGUGUUUUGUUGAAAAACUAUUUAUUGUUUCUUACUCAUUUGAUUUGUAUGUAAUUUUGGAGCUUAUUUAACUUAAUAAACUGUCAGACAUUUACUAAUUCA